AUGCCCAAACGCCUUGCCAAAGCCCCUGCUACUAGUAAGUGUAUCUCAUCAACUAGAUUGCUGAGCGAAAAACCCCCAUUAGUCGCAAGAUUGAACAUUCGGCAUCGGAGCUCACGCAAAAGGUUCAACUUUCCGGCAAGAGGGAGAGCCAGCUACAUCAAGACGCCAUCCAAGGCAUGCCGUAUACUUUGCUCAGCGAUGUUGAGGGGAUCCUCAGCUUGGGAUCUCCAAACUUUCCCAAUUGUCAGAUUAUUUGUCAAAAACGAUUUCUGCCCGGCCGAGGAUUGCAACUUGAAUACCGAUAUCGCGGCAUGUUCUACGAUUCAAUGUUUGGUAUCCGUGUGUGUUGAUAACACCGAGGAUGAGUUUAUCCGUAAGCAAGCGGAAUUCAGGGCGACUCCUCUGGUCAUCCACUUCUUAGAAUCUUGUGCUAGAGCAAUAACACCAUGGUUUGACGCACCCCGAGUCUUGGUACUAUUUUGGAAGACAUUCAAUGCACCUAUGUUGAUAUUGAUGAAUGACGCAAGUAUUUUGCGAGGGCGGAAUGAGUGCGAAAUGCGUGUAAUCUGA